ACAAUUGAAAGCGAUGACAAGCGAGGAAAUUUUUCCUUCGACAGUACGGUGUCGUUUUGAAGUUUCAUGACAAAAAAAAAAUCAGAGGAAAUUUGCGUCUCCCAACCCAACCACUAAAACCCUAAGGCUCUCCGCUCUGAGAUUCUGCAGACGCAGCUACUUCUUCCUCCGGCGGCACGACGUCCGUCUGAGUCGCCUUCCUCCGGCCCCCUGUGUCGUCUGCGAACUUUCUCUACCUCCCUUCGUUGGUCAUUUAUGGUGUAGUCAGUGACAGAGGCCAACUGCUCUGGGAUUCAGCAGAGGAGGAGCGGACAUGAAGAUUGCCAUUGAAGGUUGUAUGCACGGUGAGCUCGACAAUGUGUACAAGACGAUUCAAUACCAUGAACGGAUUCACAACACCAAAAUCGAUCUUCUUCUCUGCUGCGGUGAUUUCCAGGCCGUGAGAAAUGAGAGAGACAUGGAUAGCCUUAAUGUCCCGAGAAAGUACAGAGAAAUGAAGUCCUUUUGGAAGUAUUAUUCAGGUCAAGAGAUCGCUCCGAUUCCUACGAUUUUCAUCGGUGGAAAUCACGAAGCUUCCAAUUAUUUAUGGGAAUUGUAUUAUGGGGGUUGGGCUGCGCCUAACAUAUACUUCUUGGGUUUCGCCGGGGUUGUGAAGUUCGGAAACCUGCGAAUUGGAGGGCUUUCGGGUAUUUACAAUUGGCGACACUACCAAUUAGGACACUUUGAGCGGCCGCCUUACGAUGAGCAGACCAUCAGGUCAGUCUAUCAUGUUCGUGAUUAUGAUGUCCACAAGUUAAUGCAAAUCGAAGAGCCGCUAGAUAUAUUCCUCUCACAUGAUUGGCCUUGUGGAAUCACUGAUUAUGGGGACUCGGAGGCACUUAUUCGGUACAAACCCUACUUUGCUCAGGAGAUUCAGAAGAGAACUCUUGGAAGUGAACCGGCUGCUCGACUGCUAGAAAAACUGAAGCCUCGGUAUUGGUUUUCGGCUCAUCUGCAUUGUAAAUUUGCUGCUGCUGUUCGACAUGGAGAAGAUGGGCCCGUGACAAAGUUUCUUGCCCUAGAUAAAUGUCUUCCAGGCAAAAGGUUUUUACAGAUUAUUGAAAUUGAAUCAGAGCCUGGACCAUUUGAGGUUCAGUAUGAUGAAGAAUGGCUAGCGAUCACAAGGAAGUUCAAUCCUGUUUUCCCGUUGACUAAGAGACCCGGGAAUUUCGGUGCUACUGAUUUGGACAUUCAAGAGUGUCGUGAAUGGGUGAGGAACAAGCUACAAGAAAGAGGGUUUAAACCUUUUGAGUUUGCAAUGGCAGUCCCAUCAUAUAAUCCUUCAGAACAUAUCCCUAAUUCCGUACCUGAGAUACCGCGGAAUCCCCAGACAUUAUCCUUGUUGGAGCUCCUUGGACUCCCAUAUCUCCUUGAUAAAUCUUCAGUCACAAGAGAGAUAACUUCCACUCCUGCUUCACCAUCUCCAACAGGUUUUUCUUCAUUUGACAAUGAGGAAAUUCCUAUCGACGAUGAUGACAUAGAUGAAGGAGAAGAAAUAGCAGAAGCGACUGCAGAAGAUGCCACAGAAGAUGAACCAUGAAUAUGAAUCUCCAGCUCUAUAGGCUGGAAGUGGAAACGGAAUCCUUUGUCCUCUUCCCCGACCGAAGCUGCUUUCCAGCUUCAGGAGAGAAACCUACCAAUCAACACUUCUACGAAAAGGCUCAAGUCUGUCACCUUGUGUGCUAAUGCCGACUGAUGAACUGAUUAUUCAUGGAAAGUUUUAUAGAGUUUCCUCUCGAGCUCGGUGGUGGUUCUUAUGAACCGAUUAUACAGAAAAAUGGCGUUCGUGUUUGUGUCCAUUUUUUCUGGCUGCUUCAACCAAUUGGAAAAUUGCAGAACUGUGAAUGUGAUGAAGAAGCGGAAAAAUCAGUGGAACGGUUUUUUGUUCUGUGUGCUUCAUGACGAACUUUGGAUGGGAUACCUAAAUUUGUUGUCAGAGAAAGAUUAAUCAGUUUUAA